CCUAUAUAUCUCCAGCCACAGGACAGGUUUUUGAGUGUAUUGCAGAUGUAGGAAUAAACCAAGGUCAGACACAGCGUGAUGAUAAACUGCUAAUGUCAUUUGCCACACGCUGAUGCAGAGGAGAAAAAUAUGUCCAAAUAACCUAUUUCUCGGAGUCGUUUCAAAAUACGUCUGUGCGUAAAGUAGCUCAUAAAAUGCGUCAUAUAAUGCAACGUACUUGAAUAACAUCUAACAAAAUUGGUUAAGCGUUUUCAUUCAUUUUCAAAAUAUCUGCUUCGUAUAUUUUUUUUUUUACCUGAAUCAUUAAAUGUUUGAUUAAAGCUACAAACUAGUAAAAAGACAGUACAAGACUAGCUAAACAAAUUCACGUUGUCUCUAAACUUUCUUCGAUAGUGUGAUAAAGGCAGGUGCAGAGCAUCAGUUUGACGUCAGGAGCUGCGGACACCGGCGGGCGAGAGCGCUCAGACACAUUUGUCAAGUGUCCAAACACAGUGUGUGGGGUCUCGCGCACCUGGCACAAAGUUACCGCGCAGAGCUCCACAUUCACCGCGAGCGCAAUGAAUUACAACAAGUCUAGCGGUCCGUCCCGCAGCAACUCUGGUUCGGUGGACGAGCUCGUGAUCACAUCGACUUUCGGGACGCUGCUGUCGGUGGUUUACAUCGUUGGAGUGUCGGGAAACGUCUACACGCUGGUAGUCAUGUGCCACUCCAUCCGCUUCGCCACUUCCAUGUACAUAUCCAUCAUCAACCUGGCGCUCGCGGAUCUCCUUUACCUCUCCACGAUCCCUUUCGUGGUGUGUACGUACUUUCUAAAGGACUGGUACUUCGGGGACGUGGGCUGCAGGAUACUGUUGAGCCUGGACCUGUUAACUAUGCACGCGAGUAUCUUUACUCUGACGGUGAUGUGCAUGGAGCGCUACCUGGCAGUGACUAAACCGCUGGAUACUGUUAAACGCUCCAAAAGCUACCGAAAAGCCAUGGCGUGGGGCGUUUGGAUUUUGUCCCUCGUUUUAACUCUGCCCAUGAUGAUUAUGGUUAAUCAGACUACUAAAACAACAGCAGACGGAGGGGUGAAGAGGAUGUGCGCGCCCACCUGGGCACCCCAGGCGUAUAAAUUGUACCUGACUGUCCUGUUCUGCACGAGCAUAAUGGCGCCAGGGCUUGUCAUUGGUUACUUGUACACCAGACUGGCCAGGACGUACCUUGAGUCCCAAAAGACGCCAGCUGUUAAAGGCAGCAAGCGCUCGCCGAAACAGAAAGUUUUAAUAAUGAUUUUCACCAUUGUGCUCGUGUUUUGGGCGUGCUUUUUGCCCUUUUGGAUAUGGCAACUUGUGCCUCUGUACCACAAGCCCUUCAGUCUAGCCUCACACACACACACGAGCAUCAAUUACCUUGUGGCGAGUCUGACCUACAGCAACAGCUGCAUCAACCCGUUUCUGUACACGCUCCUCACUAAGAAUUAUCGGGAGUAUCUUAAAAACCGCCACAAGAGUUUUUACCGCUACACGUCAUCGUUUAAACAGCGCCCACCGAGUUUGUACUCUUGGGGAAAGUCUGCGUCAUCCAGUAAUCAGUUUGAGUUCAACUCUGAGACGCUUGCCAUGGCGCAGUUAAAGGUGAUGCAGUGAAGAGAUUGGAAAGCUUAACCCGUUCUGCGAAGGGUUCCUGUCACUCAUCCGUCCCUUUAAACCAGGUGGAUCCUACGGCAAUGAGGGGUUAUCAAUGGCAAAAUCAGGGUCACAUGUGAAGGACACCGUGAUGGCAUAUCGUGUGCCCCAAGCAACCUUCUCCACAUGAUGGAGGUUCUCAGAACCGGAUGAGAAGAAGGAGACCCGACCUGCAGCAGAUAAAAGAAGAGGUGCUGAGCGAGAGAAACGAGAGAAGGGGUGAAGUGAUGUGCUGAAAAAUUGCAUAUGGCGUAUGCUGAAGUCAGCCUAGAGUCAAUCAAUGAUGUUUUGAACUCUGAAGAUACUUUUUCUUCUUCUGUUUUUAAUACCUUUUGUAAAAGCUUUUUUUAAAGAUGAAUUUAAAUGUUUGUUAUUGACAAUUGCUGUUGUGUCUCAUAAUGACAGUACACCGUAAAUAUAAUGCUGAUGGAAAGUGGCUUCAAAGCAUUUACAAAUACAAGUGGAUGCUGAGAUAAUUGCUAAAUGAUUCUAAUAUAGCCUGGGUGGACUGCUGAAUUCAUUAUAAGACUUAAAACGGAAGGAAAAAAUUGGCGGAACUUUAUGUAUGUAAAUUCCCUCCAUUACGUCUGCCUGCUACUGACCUUUGUAGACCAUUCCUGACCAUGAAAGGUGUACUGAAUCUCAUGAAACGUUCAUGUUUUAAAAAAGAAAUUUUUAAAAGUUGAAAUGCAUGUGUUAAAUUCUAUGAAUAAAUGCUGAAUGUCGGACUGCACUGCUGGAGGAAUAUACAUAAUGCAAGAUGGAGCAAUUCCAAAGUGUUAGGCAAGCAGCUGGAAUUCUUUGAUAAAACAAGCUGGAAGAAAGAAUGCAAUACAUGUUAAAAUGGAGAAAACAUUCAUGAGUCAAGAGUUUGAACAAAUGAUGACUUUGUAAUGCACAAAACAACAUUUGCAGUCAUAGAUGAGCAAAUGACUUUUCUCAGUUUGGUGUUUAUAAAAACAGCAUCAUAGGGGAUAACAUACAAACCUAUGUACUAAAAGCAAAAAUCCACUACUUUUCAAGGCUUAAGAUAAUAAAUUACAUUACACAU